AUGAGUCUCAAAAAAGAUGAGGCAUAUCGUUGGAUGAGCGAAGAGGAUGAAUCAUGUAUCCAAGCUAUGCUUUUUGCUAGCUCACAUGUGUUCCCCACGAUCUUGAACACUGCGGUUGAGCUAAACCUGUUUGAGAUCAUCGCUCGAGCAGGCCCUGGUGCUUAUGUCUCACCCUCUGAGAUCGCAUCCCAGCUUCCCACCCAAAACCCCAAUGCACCUUGUUUUAUGGAUCGGAUGCUGCGUCUAUUUGCUAGUCACGGGCUUCUAUCUUACAGCCUGCGCACACUCGAAGAUGGCAGAGUUGAUAGGCUUUAUGGUCUCACUCCCGUUUGUAAAUUCUUUCUUAGGAGUGAUGAUGGGAGUUGUUUGGCUUCCUUAUCGACCCUGGGUUCCCACCGAGCUAUGAGGGAAGUUUGGCCACACUUGAAGGACGCCAUUCUUAAAGGUGGUAAUCAAUUCCAGAAAGUCCACGGGAUGAGUAUGUUUGAGUACAUGGACAAGGACCCGACACUAAACAAGGCCUUCAAUGAGGCAAUGGUUGGUCGCUCCACCAUAAUCAUGAAGAAAAUCGUGGAGACCUACCAGGGGUUUGAGGGAUUAGCAUCACUUGUGGACGUGGGCGGUGGAACCGGUGCAAACCUUAACAUGAUCAUUUCCAAGUAUCCUUCCAUCAAAGGCAUCAACUUUGAUUUGCCACAUGUUGUGCAAACUGCACCAACUUAUCCGGGUAAUAAUUAA